AUGCGAGAUUUAGAUCGAACACAGAAGAUGGCACCACGGCCUCUUGUUUUUAAAUCUUUUUCUACGAAAUCUAUGAAAGUAGCCGUUCUUGGCGCUGCGAGUAAAACGGGAAAUUGUCUUUCGUUAUUUCUAAAACAAUCGCCUUUGAUCGACGAAUUGGCAAUUUACGAUAACAAAUGUACCUAUGGCCUCGCAUUGGAUUUAAAUUACAUCGACACGGGAUGCAAGGUUAGCACUUGCAAUCCAUCCGAAACAUGUUUGAAACAGACGCUCGAAGGGGCGAAAAUAGUAAUGAUCGUUGCAGAUCGAAAAAUCGGGAAAGAAUUAAAUCCAGAUGAAAUAUUGAAAGACAAUGCUGAUACAUUGUCGGACUUGUUACCAAACGUCAUUAAAUUUUGCCCCCAGGCUAUGGUCGCGAUAGCAAUGAAUUCGAUAAACAGCUUGAUACCGCUGGCAAUGGAAAUGUACAAAACAGCUGGAGUUUACGAACACAACCGCCUUUUUGGCGUAAUCAGUCUGGACUGUCUCAGAGCGAAUACUUUCGCCGCGGAAGUUAUAGGCAUCGAACCAGAAUGCAUGACAGUGCCUGUGAUUGGUGGAAGUUGCUCGAAGACAUGUAUUCCUAUAUUUUCUCAGGCAAAGCCUUGCAACAAGAUAUCCCAGGAUGAAGCUAGUAGAUUGACAAACGCGGUAAGAACGACCGACGAAGAGAUAUCGAAGAUGAGUACAGGUAAAGAAAGUACAUCAUUUGCUAUGGGUUUUGGAGCAGCCAGAUUUUGCAUGUCUCUUUGCAAAGCUUUACGCCACCAAAGUGGUAUCGUGGAAUGCGCCUAUGUUCGAUCAUGUGCGAUACCAGAGGUAACGUACUUUGCUGCUCCUUUGGAAUUAGGCCCGGAUGGAAUUCAGAAGCAUUUGGGUAUUCCACCUUUGAACGAUUACGAGUGUAAGCUCCUUAAAGCAGCUAUACCCGUUUUAAGAAACGCCAUUACGUUUGGAGAAGCUCUUGCUCUUGGUCACGAGAACAUCUCACCCGAAGAGAAUUGCACAAAUACACCUCGUGUAUCACACUCUCCGCAAUAA